UGCCCCUGCUUACCAUCGAGCUCCUCUCCUUCCACCGUCGACGCCACCUUCUCUCGUUCUUCUUCGUUCUUCUCUAGUAACCCAAACCUAGCCGAUCCACAGUCUGGUUUUCACACCAGUUCCACCUCAUUUUUUCAGCCAAAUCUCGUUGAACUCUUUCCUCCGUCGACAGGUCGGCUUUUAGAAACAAAGAAUUCUCUCGAAAAGCGGAGCAAACAGCUUAACUCAUUCCAGAAUAAAAAUAUGUCAAGAAUAUGUGUGAAAAAUCUGCCGAAACAUGUAGCGGAAGAUCGGCUAAGAGAAUUCUUUUCGCAGAAAGGAGAAAUUACCGACACCAAGCUUAUGCGCACCAAAGAUGGAAAGAGUAGACAAUUUGCAUUUAUCGGGUACCGUACGGAACAAGAAGCUGAGGAAGCUAUCAAAUACUUUAACAAGUCUUAUCUUGAUACUUCUAGAAUCAUAUGCGAGAUUGCCCGUAAAGUUGGGGACCCCAACACUCCCCGUCCAUGGAGUCGGUAUUCAUCGAAGAAACAGGAGAAUGUGACUGAAACUGGAAAAACAACAGCUGGUGGUAAAAGUUUGAGCAUAAUUGAUUCUAAAGGAGGGAAAAAGGUUCUUGAAAGCAGUGAGAAGGAUGACCCACAACUUCAAGAGUUUCUUCAGGUUAUGCAGCCAAGGGUUAAGUCAAAAAUGUGGGCAAAUGACAUUGUAAUUGAUACUCCAGCAAAUCAGAAAAGCAAAGUUACCAAGAAAAAAGCUAUAUCUGAGAAAGAAAGCAGACAGACGUCAGCUUCAGUGGAUGCUGAGACAGAUGAAACCAGCAUUGCAUUGGAUGAUGAUGAUGAAACCAAAGCAUCGGACACUCUUGCUCGUGAUGAGGUUAUUUCUGAUAUGGAUUACUUCAAGAGUAGAGUGAAGAAAGAUUGGUCAGAUUCAGAAAGUGAGGAAAAUGAUGAUGGUGAUGAUAGUGAUCAAAAGGGAAAACACAAUUCCCUCUCUGAGGAUGUUAUCCAGGAUCAGAUUCAACAGGGUUCUUCCAAAGAUGCUGAUGAUGAAAUUAUUGAUCCAGAUAAUCCCUCUUCAGUCUUGAAAGAUGAUAGAGAUGAAGUCCUUCAAAGUGGUCGGCUUUUUGUCCGUAACCUGCCAUAUACAGCAACUGAAGAUGAGUUGACAGAAUUCUUUAACAAAUUUGGUGAUGUCUCACAAGUCCAUCUUGUCAUUGAUAAAGAUACAAAACGUUCCAAGGGGAUUGCCUAUGUUCUUUACAAGGUUCCAGAAUGUUCUGUGAGGGCUUUAGAAGAAUUGGACAAAUCAAGUUUUCAGGGCAGAUUAUUGCAUGUUAUGGCAGCAAAACUAAAAAAACCCACAGGCAAACAAGAGACUGACGCAAGCCAAGGUUCAAAAACCUUCAAGCAAAAGAGGGAGGAAGAAAGGAAGGCAUCUGAAGCUAGCGGGGACACAAGAGCAUGGAAUAGUCUAUUCAUGCGCCCUGAUACGGUUGUUGAAAACAUUGCUAGGAAAUAUGGUGUGAGUAAGAGUGAGUUACUUGAUCGAGAAGCUGAUGAUCUAGCUGUGCGUAUCGCUUUGGGGGAAACUCAAGUGAUUACAGAGACAAAAAAAGCCCUUGCAAAUGCUGGUGUAAAUAUCUCUUCUUUGGAAGAAGUCGCUGCUGGUAAAGCCGAUGGCAUGAAAAGGAGCAAUCAUAUUCUGUUGGUCAAGAACUUGCCAUAUGGUUCAUCAGAUGAUGAACUAGCUAAGAUGUUUGGAAAAUUUGGGAGUUUAGACAAGAUCAUUCUUCCUCCAACAAAAACAUUGGCCCUGGUUAUUUUCCUUGAACCAGCUGAAGCCCGUGCAGCAUUUAAGGGUUUAGCAUACAAACGUUAUAAGGAUGCUCCUUUAUACUUGGAGUGGGCUCCUGACAAUGUUCUUAACAAGAGUUCAACUUCCGAGGGUGACAAAAAGAAUAAUGCAGCUGUUGGCGAGCAUGAUGUCAAGAGGGCAAUUCUGGAGCAACAUGUGGAAGGAAUUUCAGAUGCAGAUAUUGAUCCGGAUAGAAUUGAGUCACGAUCUCUAUUUGUCAAGAACCUUAAUUUCAAGACUUCUGAAGAAAGCUUGAGGAAUCAUUUCACUGAACAUGUGAAGGAAGGAAGAAUACAGAGUGUCAGGAUAAAAAGGCACUUGAAGAAUGGCAAGCAAGUCUCAAUGGGUUAUGGUUUUAUCGAGUUAGAUUCGGUGGAGACAGCAACCAAUGUUUGUAGAGACUUACAGGGAACUAUUUUGGAUGGGCAUGCUCUUAUCUUGCAACUUUGUCAUGCCAAAAAAGAAGAACAAGCAGUGAAAAAUGUUGAGAAGGAUAAAAGUUCAACAAAGUUGCUUGUAAGAAACGUAGCUUUCGAAGCAACAGAAAAAGAUCUGAGACAGUUAUUUAGCCCAUUUGGCCAGAUCAAGAGCUUAAGGUUACCAAUGAAGUUUGGAAACCAUAGAGGUUUUGGGUUUGUGGAGUUUGUUACGAAGCAAGAGGCUCAAAAUGCACUUCAAGCGCUUUCAAGCACCCAUCUUUACGGUCGUCAUCUGGUGAUUGAAAGAGCAAAAGAAGGUGAGAGUUUAGAAGAGUUAAGGGCCCGAACAGCUGCUCAGUUCACUGAUGAACAAAACGGGUUUCAAAACCCAACUAGGUUAUCCAAGAAGAGGAAGAACAUGGAAUUCUUGGAUGGUGACAGAAAGAAGCUUGAAAGGAUCGCAGACUAGCACUUGAAGUGAAUCAUAGAGUGAUGCAGUGAGGUGGGGAUGAGUCGCUUUUCUCUAUUUCUUUUCCCUCCCAUUUGUUAUGUUAGCUUCAUUUUUGCUUGUUAGAAGCUAGCAUCAAUUUUGUAGGCCCUCUUUUGCCUUUAUUUUAUUUUAUUUUUUAUUUUUUUACUGAAAAGUGAAUGAGCAAAGUGUAAAAUAUAGGUACUUCUUUUUGUGUAAAUUAACCACUUUAUGUCAACGUUUCUGCCUUAUUCUUUUGACUGCCUUUUCGAUAGCAAAUGUUAUUAGUUCUUAUA